AUGAAUAUCAGCAAAAACCCAGAGUCCGAAUUAGUUUUUGGAGGAAAAUAUAAACUGGUACGAAAGAUCGGGAAUGGCUCCUUUGGGGACAUCUUCCUGGCAGUCAACAUCAAUAGUGGCGAGGAAGUGGCUGUGAAGCUUGAGUCACAGACAUCCAGGCAUCCUCAACUGUUCUUCGAAGCUAAACUGUAUAAGAUUCUUCAAGGGGGGUCGGGCAUUGCCCACAUGCGAUGGUAUGGUCGGGAAAAGGGUCACAAUGUAUUAGUCAUGGACCUACUGGGACCCAGUCUUGAAGAAUUGUUUAAUAUAUGUUCCCGCAGGUUCACUAUGAAAACGGUCCUUAUGUUAGCUGACCAGAUGAUCAGUAGAAUCCAAUACAUUCAUGCAAAGAAUUUUAUACAUAGAGAUAUUAAACCAGAUAACUUCCUUAUUGGCACUGGUCGUCACCGUAACAAAUUAUUCAUUAUUGACUUUGGUUUAGCCAAAAAGUACAGAGACAGCAAAACAAAGGAACAUAUACCAUACCGAAAAGAUAAAAAUCUCACUGGUACUGCCCGUUAUGCCAGCAUCAAUGCCCACCUUGGCAUUGAACAGAGUCGAGGGGAUGAUAUGGAAUCUCUAGGCUAUGUAUUGAUGUAUUUUAACAGAACCAGCCUGCCCUGGCAAGGACUAAAAGCUGCAACAAGGAAGCAAAAGUAUGAAAAGAUUAUCGAAAAAAAAAUGUCCAUUCCUGUGGAAUCUUUAUGUAGUGGAUUUCCUUCUGAAUUUACAACGUAUCUAAGCUAUUGUAGGGCACUCCGCUUUGAAGAACCCCCAGAUUAUUUUUAUCUAAGACAGUUAUUCCGGACUCUUUUCAAGUCUAUGAACUAUCAAUAUGACUACUUAUAUGAUUGGACUUUACUGAAGCAGAAAGAGACUCAGGAAACAGCCUCCUCUAGUGGUCAAAAUCAGCCACCACCACAGAGUUCCACAGUUUGCCAAGCAUGA